UAGGGAUAGCAGUGCUUGCACAGUGCAGUUGGGGACUCAGACAACCCUUACAUGCACACAGUUCAUAUCUCACGGAAACAGUCUACUGAAAAGGAUGGACAUUGGCAUGGACUUGCUCCACAGCUCUGGAGUGAGCAUGGUGCAGUACCUCCAAACCCACUACAGAGACUCCCAGAGCUGGUUCCUGUUCGUCUCCUUCGCCGCAGACCUCAGAAACACAUUCUUCGUCUUCUUCCCCAUUUGGUUCCACUUGAGCGAGUCGGUGGGAGUCAAACUCAUCUGGGUGGCCGUCAUUGGGGACUGGCUCAACCUGGUCUUCAAGUGGAUUCUUUUUGGACAGAGGCCCUACUGGUGGGUUCAUGAGACCCCCUACUACAGCAACACUUCAGUGCCUCACAUUGAGCAGUUCCCAGUCACCUGUGAAACCGGACCAGGCAGUCCCUCUGGUCACGCCAUGGGUGCAGCUGGUGUUUACUACGUCAUGGUCACCUCCAUUCUAACCAUUGUGCUUCACAAAAACAAGCCCUCAAACACAAUCAAAAACUGGUGUGUGCGUGCUGUGCUGUGGUCAGCAUUCUGGGGUGUCCAGCUCUGUGUCUGUCUGUCCAGGAUCUUCCUGGCCGCCCACUUCCCACACCAGGUCAUCACAGGGGUAAUCAUAGGUAUGCUCGUAGCUGAAGCUUUCAGCCACAUCGAGUGGAUCUAUGGCGCAAGCCUGAAGAAGUACUUGCACUCCACCCUGUUCCUGUUCUGCUUCGCUCUGGGUUUCUAUCUGCUCCUCAGUGCCCUGGGAGUGGACCUGCUCUGGACGCUGGAGAAAGCCAAGAGGUGGUGCGUCCGAGCCGAGUGGGUCCACAUGGACACCACACCCUUUGCCAGCCUGCUCCGCAACCUGGGCACCCUCUUUGGACUGGGGCUCGCCCUCAACUCCUCGCUCUACAUGGAGAGUUGCCGAGGGAAGCAGGGCCACAGCGCCCCCUUCAGGCUAGGCUGUAUUGCUGCCUCGCUGGUGGUGCUCCAUCUCUUCGACUCCUUCAAACCCCCCACCAAAAUAGAAGCCUUGUUUUACCUGCUGACUUUCUGUAAGAGCACAGCUGUGCCGCUGGCCACUGUGGCCAUCAUUCCUUACUGCAUCUCCAGCAUGCUGAGCCGGCACGACAGGAAGCUUUUAUAAAGCACAGAGUAGCUACUAAUGUAGACACGGUGCUACAAAGAAUAGGAUUUAUUCAACCUGUAAAGUAAUGGUUAUAAAAUCGUGAGCUUUUUCCAUUCUCACAGAAUACUCUACACAAGUACAGCUCAACGACUGUUAUCUUUUGGAGUGAGUGUUGUUUAAUUUAUUGGCUAGACCUCUUCUACGAGCUUCCCCAGCCCAGCAAACAAGAUUGAUACAGAAUGAAGGCUGCCCAGCUUUACCCCCAUAUCAUAUAUAUCUAAGCUGAUACCUUGCCAUGGCAAGGUAUUCUAGAUGCUUUUUCUGCACUGAAUUACUGAGGUUUUCCCCAUGAUGUCAUCUACCAACCAGACAACUCUGCAGAUCAGAAGUGACAGCAAUAAUGAAGGAAUGUUUGCAUUAAAACAUGGUAUGGCUCCUUCAUUGACAGAGACAGCAAGCAACACGCGCCAUGGCAAGGAACGAGAGAUAGACAGUCCAUGGGUGAUGGUGAAUGAAGCAUUGUAUCUGCUCUGUAUAAUAAUAUUUCCUAUAAUAUUUCAUUAAUCCAGAAGCAUUAGUGAAAGUAUUAGGCCAAAGAGAAUAGGGUCGGUUGCCAUAAGACAUGAAAUAGGCACACUUUAACAUUGUUUUAAAACAUUAGUGACUUUUCUAUAUUUUCUAUGGCGCUCACAUUCAUUUGUGAGAAUUGUGUGCCUGUACUUUUCAAAUGAGUAAAAACAGUUGGAAACCUGUAAUAACUACAGGCACAUUAAGUUAACGAGGAGAUAACAAUCCAAAAGGAGCAUUUUAUAUUAGUGAUGGAGUUGUUUGUCUCAGAGAACAGUCAAUGCAGCCUCUAAUUACAGCUAUUUUUGACUUAGUCUUUCCUAUUUAAAUAACUUUUUUUUAAGUAGCCAGCAUCAUCUGGGAAUCUUCCAGUUUGAAAACAGGUUUACUUCAGUUUUGUGAUCUACUUACUCUUUAAGAGCGCGAUUGGGAAUAAGCGCUGAAGAAUGUAAAAUGCAGAAAGAUUUCACAUGUCAUAUAACACAUUGUGAAUACCUCAUUAGCUAAUUACCCAACUACACAACACUUUUACCUGCUGUUUUCUGACAAGCACAUGUGCCACACAAUAUGGAACAGUUAGAAAACCACAAGAGGAUCGCUCUGCUUCUCCAAUAGCCAUCCAUGGCACUACUACACGGUUUGCUUCUUAACCCAGAAAGCCACUAUAGUAUUUUAGUGUCAGGUUGUUAGGGGGUAUUUAUUUGAGGUUCUCUGGGAGCUGCUUGUAAAGAUUGUAAAGCUAACAGCAGUUAUCACUGUUGUUAUCAAUAACCUUUCUCUUGUGUGCUUUGGGUUGUUUAAAUGGUUUGAUUUUAUAAUAAAAAAAAAAAAGUAAAACCAA